ACUCGGAUUAGGCCAUGGCCACAUAGGGUAUUUUCCCUGGGGGUCCCAGGAAAGCGGAUGGUUACAAGGAGGGAGAAACCACUGUGUGCAUGUAAACCAGUGUAUUCCUGGGUGUGUGGCCCUCUCAGACAGCCCAGGGACUAUUGCUGUAGCACUGGCUCUGGAUGGAAACACAGCCUGACUUGGCACUAAAACCGCUGUCACUAUUGCACUUUGCAUGGGUUUUUCAGAAAUGAUGACUCUGUGAUGACUCUUCUGCUGUUCUUGGGUCUGAGUCUGGCUUGUAAGGUGACGUGGAGGGUUUGAUGUGGCUUUGUAACUAAGAUUUUUUUGUGUGGGGGGAGGUUUAACUGUCCCUUCCACAGCCAUUGUGGUUACCCAGCAACAAGGGACCGCCGAGCAGCAGCAGGGAUUCUAAAACUCUCAGGAAUGGAGACACUUGGUGUCUGUCCCGGGCAGCAGAUUCUGGCGGGUCCGCAUUGAGAUGGGAGAAUGCUACAGCAAGAGAUCUGUGGCCCCAGGGUCUGUAACCCCAGAGAGAAGCAGUAUCCAGUCGGGAAGUUCAGAGUCAGACACUCGACUGGAACACAAAGGAUUGCAAGAGUCCCUGGACCCUGGACAGACGGCAUUUGCUUUGGCCCAACUUGAGUCCUUGGAGAUUUGCCUAAAGGAAGCAGAAGAAAAGGCUAAAGUUUUAUCCAAACAGCUUGCAGUCUCGGAAGGAACAAAAUUGAAACUGCUUGAACGAGUUUCCUGGCUGGAGAAAAAACUAGAGGCUUUGGACCAUAAGGAAACCAGUGGGGAGCCAUAUGAAAAAAUAGUUCAUUUGAAAGACCAGUGCAUUGAGAAAUUGCAGGCUGAGGUCACAGCAUCCCAGGAACUGCUUGUAGCCCAUAAACUGGAGCACAAAAAGAAAGUGGAAAAGCUGCAAACCGAUUUGGCAAUCGCUAAACAAGAGGCCGCCAUCACGGCGCUGGAGCUCUCGGAGGAGAUAAAGAUGCUGCGUGAGGGAAAGCCCGCCCCCAGAGACCGCUCUCUGGAAGAGGUCUCUGGGGGUCUCCCCGCUGUGGAAGAAGGUGACAGAAAAGUGACCCUCAUCAUGGAGUUGUCAUGCCUGAUUUCCCUUCACACGGACAGGAUCAGUCAGCUGGAGGACAUCCUGGAGGAAAAAGACAGGAAAAUUCAGCAGCUGGAGGCGGAGCGGGAGCCCCCUGCCUCUGGAGACUUCCAGGACCCCCCAGAAUGUUAGAAGAAACCUCAGUAUUCUUUUGUGGUGGCAUCACUAUUGUGAUCUCUAAUAAGAAUAUGUGAAGAUUCCCAGUAAGAAAACAAUAAAGGAUUUUUUAAAAACUGUCAUUGAGGUAGAAUCCAGAACCCAAGUAAGCCUCAUUAGCAAACUCAAGUUCAUAGGUCUGAAUGCAUCCUUUAAAGUUGGCACUGGAAGGAACCAAAACAAAGGGAAGCUUUCAGAAGCCAACCAUGAAUAUUGCCCAUUUAGCCAGCAGUAGUCACAUACCCUACACCGCUGUAGCUUGCAAUGCUUUUCUGUGGGGAGCAACCCGGACUAGACUAAGUUACUGGAAUUAGGACUUAUUCUAUGCAUCUGCUCUCCCACAAUAUGGCGCUGAGAAGGGAGUAAGAACUUCUAUACAGCUGCCUCCAGUUCAACCAAUAAACAGCAGGAGCUGCUCCUGAUUGGAGGAGAGCAGCGUACUCGGCGUGUGGGUAGCAGAGUUGGGAUUGGCGGAAGAGGACUAUAAAGGAGGAGAGAGACAGCAUGCACGAGGAACAUCUAAGGGGAACACCUGUGCAGCCCCCAAGAGAGCCGGCCGGCGGUGUGCCGCUCCCCCGCGGAAGUGGGGAAUGUGGCAGGGGGAACCGCCCUUCCACGGAGGUGGAAGGGUCGGCAGCCAACCCGGGAAGAACCAGCAGCAAACCCGGGAAGGGCCGAGCAGACAAAAGAACAGCGCAGGGUCCUGUGUCGUUCCUCCACGAAGACGGGGAGCGACAUAAUGGUGCCGUGACUCGGAUAGAAAACUUAGGAGGGAAGAAAUGGGAAAAUACCGGAGAGAGAAACUAGCAAAGAGCCUAGGGAAAAGCCCGACGGAAAAGGUGCCAGAAGAAGCUAUCGAAAGCCUAGGCAUAGACUUGGAUACGGACUGUGGGAAAGAAGUUAGGAUUUAAUGUGAAAGCAAGAAGAAACUUAGACUCAGAUACGGACUGCAGGUUGAAAGUGAAAGUGAAACAUAUAAGAAACUCAGACUCGGAUACGGACUGUGGGGAGAAGCUAGGAGAAAUGAGGGAGGAAUAUUGUUGGAAGAAAACUUAGGGAAACAUACCGGGUAGAGAAAAAUGUUAGGGAGGAUGAAGCCACGAGUGCAGGCCGAGGCGGAAACAUAAGCCAGUUUGGAAUUCUUUAAGUCAGCCCGGGGGGCAAAAGGCGAAAAGUUAAACCAGAGGCGGAAACGUGGGCCAGGUUGGAAUCCGUCAGAUUAGCCCGGGGAGCAAAGGACGGGAAGCCAGACCAAAAGGCGCAGACGUGUGAGCUAGGUUGAAUUCGCCAGGUUAGCCCGGGGAACUUAGAUUGAAUACUAGUGGCGGAAACGUGAGCUGGGGCUGUGUGACUCGCGGAAGCCUCCGUGUGCAGAGAGAGCACGGGGCGUGAAUAGAUAGGGAACGCAGGGCUGGCGCGAGGCCGUGGUGCGGACGCGAAGGGCGUGGAGACCGCGGAGCGCGCAAAGCCAAGCCGCGCAAAGCCGGGAAGCCGUGCAGAGCCGUGAAGCUGCCGUGGGGCGGCGAGGUGCCGAGAAGCAGCCUCGGGGUGGGCGCCAGGAAGCCGCAGGGAUAAGAGAAACAGAAGUUUUAGAAGUAAAAUGAGAGAAAUAGGAAUGCUGGCAGAUAGAAGUAAAAUAGGAGAAAUAGGAAUGCCCGGAGAUAGAGAAAUAGAGAAAAAUAAGGCCUCCCCACACCACAGCAAUGAGAGGGCUUGGAUUCGGUCUGCCUGAUUAGUAAGGCGAUAAGCACCAGCAGGCAGCUCGACCAGAGUAUGAGCUGCAGGUCACCAAAGAUAGGCACGAAUCAACACCAAUAAGUCUCCCCACAAUACGGCAAUGAGAAGGCUUGGAUUCGGUUUGCCUGAUUGGUAGGGCUUGUAAGCACCUGCAGGCAGUUCUAGCAGAGUAGAGCAUGCGCUGCAGGGCACCGAACACAGGCACGCAUCAGCACCUAAAAACCUCCUCACAACAUGGCGAAGAGAGGACCCGGAUUCGGUUUGCCUGAUUGAUAGGACUUGUAAGCACCUGUGGGCAACUCUAGCAAGCAGAGCAGAGUGUGUGCUGCGGGGCACCAAAGACAGGCGCGUAUCAACGCCAAAAAUAAAAAGAAAGGGGGAUCUGUGGGGAGCAACCCGGACUAGACUAAGUUACUGGAAUUAGGACUUAUUCUAUGCAUCUGCUCUCCCACAAUAUGGCGCUGAGAAGGGAGUAAGAACUUCUAUACAGCUGCCUCCAGUUCAACCAAUAAACAGCAGGAGCUGCUCCUGAUUGGAGGAGAGCAGCGUACUCGGCGUGUGGGUAGCAGAGUUGGGAUUGGCGGAAGAGGACUAUAAAGGAGGAGAGAGACAGCAUGCACGAGGAACAUCUAAGGGGAACACCUGUGCAGCCCCCAAGAGAGCCGGCCGGCGGUGUGCCGCUCCCCCGCGGAAGUGGGGAAUGUGGCAGGGGGAACCGCCCUUCCACGGAGGUGGAAGGGUCGGCAGCCAACCCGGGAAGAACCAGCAGCAAACCCGGGAAGGGCCGAGCAGACAAAAGAACAGUGCAGGGUCCUGUGUCGUUCCUCCACGAAGACGGGGAGCGACACUUUUAGACAUUCCUGGUAACAUGGGAGAGGAAAGAGCAUAAAGUUGGACAGAUAUGAAAGAACUUAGCAUCAUCCUCUUCCCAGGGGUUUGUCCUGCUGCCUGGGAUGGAUGGCACCAACUCCAUCUGUUUGUGCAGCUCUGCUGUGAACAGGCAGCUGUUGUGGAGGGCCAUCAUCAGACCUGGGAGUGGAAUUCCAGAAGCAGAAUCGUCGGGCAGCCAAGUAAAUAGCCGUGUGGUGCAUCGUUUCAUGUCCUUGUGGAGUUUAUUUCUUUAUGGCGUGCAUUUUAUUAACAUUAGCAAGGGUGGAAAUGAAAUAAAACUGAAGCAAUAAAAAAAAAAAAAAAAGGAUGAAUCAGAGCUUGCAGCCCUUUGGGAAAAGUGUCCUAGGACAGCAUCUCCCUGGGAAAAGACACAACACUGGGUUUUCCCUCAGGAGAAGAGCAAGACCAAAACAAAACAGGCUCUUCUGUUAUGAUUGUACCACAGGGCAGUAAACAGCACAAAAUGAUGGCAGGAAGAGAGGAGCUCAGGCAAAGGAAAGUGACCCUGUCAUUAAUGGAAUAGUGGGAAUCACAUAUUCCUCUCCCACCCAUCCCCCUCAAGUCCACUGUUCCCACUGAGAGGGAGCCUCUGGACACUCACUGUGACCAAGACCUUGGUUCUUCGUUCUCUCUGUCAUGAUACAGCAUGACUUGGGCCAGUAGCUCCAGCUCCUUCAUCAGAGCAUCGGUAGAGCCCUUCUCAGCCUAAUUCAACCCAUUGAACAGAUGCGCAUCCAAACCCUUCUGCCUGCCAGGCAUGACAAUGGAUGUGAGAAAUCGCAAACACGAGGAUCACAACUUCUGCCUUCCAGGAGGUCACAGACACUUGCAAAGGAAGGCUGACCAUACCACCAGGUGCACAUGGAAGAGGCAGGGCAAGGGAGCUGGGCCCUCAUCUGGGGUGGAACUGAGCCGCUUCCGGGGAGGCGCUCACAGUGACUGAGCAGGGGUCAGUGAGAAGAAUGCCUGCUCCUGCCCUCCGGUUCAGGACCCAGCAAUGUGCAUUUAAACAAAGACUUGUGGUUUCAAGCAGAGUUGUCACACUCUUGCUCUCAUGGAAAAUCUGGAAAAUCCACUGCUCAUUGCGGACUGGGGAUGAGUCUUCUCCAGCACUUCACUAUGACCUUGGUAAGGAACCUCAAAAAGCAAGUUUCCAAAUCUGCUUUUUUUAUGUAAAAAAAAAGAAUCAGUUGAACUUGGACUCACAUAUAUAUGUUGGCUUUGCAAUAUUGAUUCUUGACAAAAAAAAAAAAAAUCCUACCAGCUGAUUGUUUUCAUACAGAGCUGAAAUUGUCCUCUAUUCUUAUUUAACCUGUUUCACCUGCAAUGGCUGCAGGUGUGUACAGUUGCACUUCAAUAUCAGAAAUGAAACCAACUUAAAAUUCGCUGAUCUUGAACAUGCACAUGCCACAGGAAGUAAUUUAAAGCACCACUUUUUGGUUUUUUUGGAGGGACUGGGUCUUUAUUUCAAAAAGACACUUGGUGUCAAAACAGUUACACUGUUGGUUUCUCUUUCACCCAACUAGCUCCAAAGAGAUUACACCCAAGGACAGUACAUUUUUUUAAAAGAUUUAUUUUUUGUUUAUUUGAAAGGCAGACUUGUGUAGAGAGAGAGAUCUUCCAUCCAUUGGUUCACUCCCCAAAUGGUCACAAUGGCUGGAACCUGGAGCUUCUGUCAGGUCUCCCACACGGGUGUAGGGACUCAAGCAUUUGGGCCAUCCUCUCUUGCUAUCCCAGGCUCAUUAGUGGGUAGCUGGAUCAGAAGUGAAGCAGCCAGGUCUCAAACCAGUGCCCAUAUGGAAUACUGGUGUCACAGGCUGAGGCUUAACCAGCUAAGUCACAAUGGCAGCCCCAGGAUAGUACAUAUUAAGCCCAUAAACUUUAAGAUGUAUACAUAAAAGAUCUCACCAGAACCUCACCAAAGCAGGGACUGGGUGGGGAAACGAACUUGGAAAGACAAGUACGCCUUCAGUGUACUUGUGUAGUGAGCUUUACUGCCAGAUGGGCUGGCCAACGUCCCCAAGUCUAGAGAAGCAAAGUUUCAACAUAAUGGAACAUUUCUAAAAUUGUGUACAUAAGCUUUUCAGGAUGUCCCCAGCACUGACUGCUACAAGGCACAAUGAGAUGGCACUGUUAGAAACAGCAGCUUCAGCAAAGGGUGAUGAGAGGACUUUUCUAUCGCUAAAUCAGUGGUGAAAACAUAAUUGUCUUUCUUUCAAGGAGGCAGAAACAGGAAUGCAAUGAAGUAGUCACUUCAACCCAAGGGCAUAUGAUCCAUUCUGCAGGCUAUUGGAAGGGGCAUUGGUGGGGCCAAAAAUUGGUCUCAGGGUCCCCCCCCCCCAUCUUAACUUGGUCACUUCUGAUGAAACAAAUUAAAAAUUAAAAAAAAAAAAUGUUGUCCCAAGGUACCUUAAAAGCUGUAAAGCUGAACAGCCUGGAGUUUUGUUUGUUUGGGGAUAGCUGCUCUUAGAGUCACCUCUCUGGUUAGGCUGAUACUUCACGCAGAGCACUGAGGUUCUCCACAGAGGAGUCUUUCCCUGGGCUCUGUCUGACUCCCAGUAAGGCAGGCCCGUCCCUUUUUCUCUUCUCUAUGGAGAGGGCACUAUGCAUUAAGCUGAAAGGUAGCUUCCCAAAGAAAGAAAGGGAUCAGAGUGAGUGCUGCUUCAGAUCGUGGAAUGACUUGGAACAUUUUACAAAAUGGUCACUCCAACAGCAGGAAAUGUCACUCCAACAACAGGAAAUGUCUCUCCAACAUCACGAAAUGUGUACAUCACAACUUGAAUGUAAAGACACUUGUGCAUUGUGCUCCCAGUUCCCCAAAGUGCUUGAUCUCUAGUCCUACUGGAAGGUCUUUGCAGAGGCAGAGACAGUUUGGUGGAAAAGACAUGGGAAAGGCUUAAGGAUGUUUAAGGAGUUCAAGAUUUAAGCUCAAGGAUGGAGAGGAGUGGCCAAAGGAGAAGGCAGCCUUCCAGGUCAUGAUCAGCCCUCGGUUUUGAGGUCAACUUCUGCAGCCUGGCUUUAGGAAGAGUCAGGUCAUAGGGAGGAAGAGCAGCUGGGUGGGACUUGGGUGCUCUUUGUCUCAUCCAGGUCAAGCAGGGUCUAGGCCCAGCUCCUUUGUGCACAGAAGAGCUCCUCUUUGGUGCAUUUCAGUUUGUCCUCCAAGUCAUCGACUGCCUCUUCCAGUUUGCCUACUGAUUUGGCAGCAAAUUCAGCGCAGGUCUCUGCCUCUUGAGCUUCUCAGCCUGAAGCUUUUUCUCUUCCUCGUAUUUGCCUCCUUUCUGAUAGCCCACAGUCCAACCAUUACACACAGUUUCCCCAGCAGCUGUCAGGCACUCAGGUUCUGGUGCAUCAGUCUCAAAUCCUCUCACCCAUCUCUCAGCAAUGGGGCCCUGCCAGCUCGGCUCAUUCCUCUGUGCCUUCCAAGUCUCCUUCAGUGAUCACCACAAUGUACGGGCCCCCUCUGCACACCUCCCAUCUGCCUCUUCUGCAACCUAAAACUCCUCCUUUUCACUGAGGUUGCUUCAUGCCUACACAAUCUGCUCCAUAAACUCUUCUUAGCUCCCCAAAUCCCAUGACCUCCUUGGUCUUUUCUAUUCCCCCUGCCUAACUAAAUGUCCCAGUUCCAGUCUUGAAGAGCUGCCCACUGCUUCUGACACUAAAGUGAGGCAGAGGAUUGACAUGUCUAUAUUAUUUCUGGAUGAAAUCCUUAAAUAUUUUUCUUUUAAAAAUUUUAAUUAAAUUUAUUUGAAGAGCAUGGGGACCAGAGGGGACCAUUGAGUCACUUCUCAUGCCUUCAAGGGAUAGGGCUGGGUCAGGGCAAAGCCAAGAGGCAGAAACUUGAUCCAGGUCUCCCAUGUGGGUGGGAAAAACCCAACUACUUGAGCUAUUGCCUAUGGCUGGGAUGCGCAGUAGCAAAAAACUGGAAUUGGGAGCAGACCUGGGCUCUCCAAUAUAGGAUGCAAGUGUCCCAAAUGAUGUCCAAAGCAUUAUGCCAAAUGUCUGCCCCUAAAUCUUUUCCUUUUGUUUAGACCAAACCAUCUUUAGGACUGUCAUCUCCACAAUUUUGAUACGUGAUAAUGCUAAAUCUCUGCUUUUUUACCAAAGGAUGCCUUAAACCCUUGGGAUAAUGAGGGUGACAUAGAAAGGAAGGAGAGAGAAAGAAAAUCCAUUACAUUCCAGAGAGGGAGAUCAGAGUUCACCAGCCAAUGCCCUGGCCAGCCCUCGGCAUGAAGUGGAGAUACAGUAACAGGCCGAGCAGGAGCUGCUAUUAAUUAUUAAUUGCUCCUGUCACCUCGAAAUCUGCCCAGACCAGCCACCGAAAAAGAAAGAGUCACGAGUCACAGUGCCCUGCCUUGCCAUCUUUGCAAGAAGCUGAGCUUAACUCGGGUCUAGGUUACCUCCCAGUCAGAGGAGAGGAGAGCUUUGGCCCAGAGGUGAAUCGUCUCUGGUAGUGACACCUUGAGGCUUAUGAGGCUGGAGGAGCAGGCAGCUGUUGGCCUCUGAGGAAUCUCUAAGGGGAUUGCAUUUGCAGCAGAACCUUUAUGCUACCAUGUGUCCCCAAAGUUCAUUUCCAAUUUCUUCCAUUCCUCUUGGAAACUGAGUAGUAAGCUUCAAAUCAUGCUAAACAUGUGAUUCAAACUAAAAGUCACAUGAUAGCCCACAGUCCAAGCCAAAAGCUGAUUUUCCUAGGAGAGGUGGGGUUGUGAAGCCAUCUGCCCAUCUUUGAAGUAUCUGGUAGAAACCAUCACACGGCCAUUGAAAUGCUCCUGAACCUGUUUCCUAAUGAAAAUUGUCCAAGAUAUCAGGUAAUAGCUGAUUCAAAAGUAACAGGAAAUCCAGGGAAUUAAAUGUUUACCAAAUAAGUCAUUUUCCAGCAUUCUAAAAACAUUCACAAAAAGAAACAAAUGCCUCAAUCCUUUUUCAUCAGCCAUGAACUUUUCUCAGAAAGUCUGAGUUUGUGAUAUGUCCCACUAAUUUAAGUAAAUGCUGGACUUAACAAUUUAGUUUGAUUACUACAUUAGUGCCCUUCCAUAUACUCUCAUGGCAAGCUGAGAUUAUAAUGGCAGACUUGAAAAAUUAGCUUUAAUUUGCUUUAAUGCAACAAAUAAAGGAGUGUUGAUAACUCUUGCAGGCCUAAGUCAAAAUAAUAUUUACUUGGCAAUUCUCAAGUAUAGAGACUGCAGAGACAAAACUGUUCUAGAUUGUAUAAGAAAAUAUUUUUAAAGACUUGGGAAACCGAACACUUGAGAUUCAAAAGUCUGACUCUCAUAAUCGGAAAAAAUUAGAACACAAAGAAAAAAGAGGGGGAAAAUGAAAAUGUAAAUGAUAUAAAAAAACUCUCAUAAUUUCUCCCUGAUCUCGCAACAAAAUCUUUCAUUAAGAUUUCCCAGACAUAGGAGAGUUUUUCUGCUAAUCGAGGAGAAUUGGACAGGAAAUAAUCUUUUUAAAAUAAAAGGACAAGGACAUUGGGACAAAGUUCACAGCUAAAGACAGGGCUGGCCACAAAGUUUCCCACACCUAAUGAAAUUAGGAUUUUAUGGUAAAACAAAACAAAAACAAAAACCAGUUCUUAUUCCCAGCUUCCCAGAGAAAUCAUUUCCCAAGCCAGACACUUGGGUAGUUUCAACAGUGUGGACCUGUGGCAGGAUGACAUUUAAUUGCCUGACCAUUUAUAUUUAUAAGAUCUACAUUUUAUUUGUUGUUUCUUUAAUGAAUAACCCUUACUGCUCAAUUCCAAUAAUACCUAAUAUUUUGUUGUCAGAUAGAAAAAUCAUAGGCUAUGUCAUAUAAUAACUCUUGAAUCUAUUUUCCUAAAUGUCACAAAUAAAAUAGUCCUUGAAAAAGUUUGUGGAAAAGUAGAACUAAAAAAAUGAGUUUAUUUUGGUGCAAAAAGAUUUGACAACUAUACAUAUGGGAGGUGUUCAAAAAGUUCAUGGACAAUGUGUUUUAUGAAAAACUACACAGAUUUCAAAAUCUUUUUGCACCAAAAUAAAACGUACGUUUUAGUUCCACUUUCCCAUGAACUUUUUUGAAGUAUGCUGGUAAGCUUUAUCAACAGUUUAUGAGUAUUAUCUGAUAAUGCCUUUUUCGUUAAAAGAAUCAUGAUCUCACAGGCAAUAGAUAACAGCAGAAUGGUAGGGAAAAAAAAAACAGGCAAGGGCCGGCUCCUUGUAACACGGGAUUCAUGCAAUGAUAACAGGAAGUUACAGUUCAAAGAAAAAAGCAAAUAGUAUAGUCAUUGGCCUUGUUAUAAAAAGGUGUGCCUUAUUGCCUGUCUCCUGUUGAAAUGACCUUGGUGUGGUAAUGAUGAAAGAAACAAGUCAGCUCUAGUAGAUGCCCAUGGUCUUGUUAGGGACUCGCACCCAUUAAGCAUCAGCUUUGUAUAAAAGAACACAACUAACAUUAUCACAGCUAUUUACAGUGAAUAAUCACAACACUUUGAAAUCAGGUAUUUCCUCCGCAUGGGGAGGAUUUGGACUAGAUGACUAAUCCCAGACUUGCAACCAGGAAACCCAAGCACCAGACCAACACAGCGAUCCUUGCUCACCGCCUCCAUUCAGUUAAGACGACAAAGGCAUCCACUGUCUGCACUUCCUUUCUCAAGUCAACCUCCAUCCGCUUGUAGGAAAAAGUUCUCCACAAGUUCAUUCUUUCUCAAACUUGAUCUACGGUGAAAGUCAGAAAACCUGUUCAGACUGUUGACCAGCUGACUUGAUUUGUUCAGCCAGCACAGUGUUUUGGUUUUCCUUUGUUUGUUGUAUCUUACUUGGUUUUGCUUUCGAAUGAAUGCAUUUAAGGAUAGGAGUUCCACCCUACAGUUGGUGCUAGGCCCACUGUUUCCUGUUACCUUAUAGCUUGGGUAGGCUAGUUGUUUUAUCUGCCUGGCCAGGUAGGUGAAUGGUGUUGUAACCUCUGCCUGACAUACUUUUGCUUGUAUACAUCAUAAACAGUGAUGCCACAAUUUGUUCUGUGUUCCAUGUUGACUGUCCCCCAAUAUCUCAGUGUCGAGCUUUUCAUCUGCCGUCUAAAAUAUUCAUCCACAUAGAACUAGAUCCUACUGCCUGUCACCUUCAUGGGUAAUACCUGUUCUCGCAUGCAUGACAGAGAAAGAACAGGUGACCUGAGCACAUCACCCAUCAAGGGUGCAGUGCGUCCUCCUAGGUACCGCAGGAUGGUUUCUAAAUCUUUUUCUUUUAGUGCGCGUGCUGUGCAGAAGGGAAUUCAGUGGUUAAAUAUCAUUUUAUCCAUAUCACAAACACAGGUAAGAAGUAAGUGACCAUUACCAGGACUGGCAUUUUCUGAAGGAAGAUUGCCACACAUAGACAUAGAACUCACUUGACCCCCAAGGCUCUCUUAGAAGUGAGUGGCAUCAGUGGGGAAGCAAAGGCCAUUAGUUAAGUGACAUCUGCAAAGGUAAUUGAUUCUAGCUCUAACCGCUGUCUUCUCUUCAGAUGAAAAUGUAAGGGGCAGUAAGGUCUCCUUGAUUUAACACAUUUAGCAAUCAUAUCUGAAAUUUAGAAAGCAAAGUGAAAAAUGAUCCCUCGUUUCAUGCUUACAGCCUGUGAGUUCUGGGUUUCCCAUGUACAGGUGGGAAAACUGACUUCUAGAUCCUCAGAGUCCAGAGCAGCAGCCAGUGAACCACAGUCCUGGCUGAAUCUGGCUGCAUGAUCGUUAAGCCUAGGAUGGUUUUUACAUUUUUGAGUGGUUGAACAGUAAUAACAACAACAAAAACACAGCAAACAAUAUUUGUGACACCAGGAAUAUAUGAAACUCAUGGUCUGCAAAUUAAGUUUCAUUGCAGUACAGCCAUGCUUGGUCAUGAGGUAUUGUCUCAGGCUGUUUUCUUGCCACAACGGCAGAGUUGAGUGGUUGGGACAGCCAUGUACAGCCAGCAAAUCUAGAUGAAAUAUUGGCUGUCUGGUCCUGGAAACCCUUUCUGACCUCCGGUCCAGAGCGAUGAAGUGAACUGCCGAGCUGAUACAGCUGGUGCGUUUCACAGGGAGGCCUGAGUCUGAUGUUCCUCCUGUUUGAGCAUUCUUUGUGAUCUGAGUAGAAACACUUUUACCCAGAUUUAUUUUCCGCUUGGCAUCAUCAGAACAAAUGCUACCCAGCUUCAGCUACGAAAGAUCAGCUCAAAUGUAUUUUAUUAUUAUCCUAUCAGACAGCACUUUUUUCUAUUAUUAUAGAUUUUUCUCUCUACCUCUCUCCCAUUUAGGCCCACAUUUUAAAAGGGGCUUGCUCUGGAGAAGAUGACCAGGAGAUUCUUCUCCUCAAGUCUCUUGUUUCUGUGGCCUCAGACCCUUGAAGAACAAGGGCUGAGAAUGUGGCUCUGGGAGGAAUGUGGAAGACAGGGAGAGACUGCCUCUUCUUCUGGCUGGACACAGAGGGUGUGUUGGGGGGAAUCAGUGACAGGAGCCCGUCCUUGAUCUCUGACAUGGUGUUAGGGAUAACAAUGGGAUCUCAGAGGGACACCAGACAGGUUGGAUUCUGAGGCCCAGGAAUUCUGCCCUUCCAAGAGUCCCGUACCCAUGAAGGGCCGGAUGUGGCCAAGCAGCAGCCAAUGAGAACCAAGGUGACUGGAAGGACAGGGGACUCAACCUCAACACAUGACAGAGGAAGUUCUCAGAACCAAGAAUCCUGAGGGUAGAAGAGCAGAGGUGUGGCAGGAGGUGAGCCUCCUUUGGGAGCCGGAAUCAGUUGAGACCAGGGGCAUGGACGACUCGGACCGUCUGAGGUUGAGCAUGCUGCCUCCCUGAGGGAAUGGGAAUUCAGAGCCAGUAUUUGGGGUAAUUUGUACAGAACGUAGAAAAGGAAUGAAUGCCCACUUGAUUUGCAUAUUUAGGUUUGGAUGAGCUAUGCUGUUGGAAGUCCCCAUUGACAAUGCAAAUCACAAAGACAUCACCUCUCCAUCUAAAAGUUCUUGCUGAAUCUUCUGAGUUCUGAUCCUCAAAGAAUUUUUGGAAAUCCUGCAGAUAUUCUUAUGUUGGUGACCUUGUUCUGCAGCCCACCCUUCUCACCCUCAGGGCGUGGCUGUCCCUUCUCACCCCACUCUUGCUUUCUUGACCUGAUGAACUGAGGCCAUAGAUAGAAAGAGCUCUCUUACCUCGUUUAAGCACAAGCAAAUCAGGCUACGGUAUCAACAACACUUUAUUAAAUGCUUGGGAAAAACCAAGAGAGGGUAUGAAAAACUCAUACACUCAUUUCAAGUUACUCACAGGCCUGUUCCCAAGUUCACUUUCUGUUUUUAGCAGAUUUCCAUGUGGCAGCUCCCAGCUUAGGUGGUACUCAUAGCACUUUACUACAGACAUCAAAUUCCUUCUCCAGAGAGAGGAGCAGGUCUCGGCUUUCCCCAGUCUAAAACUCUUCAUUUUGAAUCCCAGAAUGACUUAGAGUGACAAUGUCCCUCUCCUGGAGAACAGUCCACCCCACCCACAGGCUAUGAUCCAACCUCACAAACUCCAACUGUAUGGCCUAUAACCUGGGCUAUUUAUGCUUAACUGAUGCUCUCAACAGCACACCAACAAUCCCAUAAUAGUCUGUGUGUUUAGGAGGAAGUGCUCUCAACAUACUCUACAGACUGCCAAGUCUCCCAGUCUGUGCCUCUGCAUGGUCACUUUACCUUCAAGAGCUAGACACAACCAUCAUCAAGUGCCCAUUUAUUGCUAACUUUUCUAACACAAGAUAAGACUUCUCCAAAGUGGAGUUACAUACUAUAACUCUAGAGAUCCGGUGGCUGAUAACUCAAAGGGAAGUUUUUGUCCUAAGACGGAGUUUCUUUCUCUGACUUCCCUUCCUCUACCAUUCCAACACUCUACAGAAUAGCACCACUGUGAAUCAGAGGAGAAACCUUCUCACCAGGCUGUCAUUGUAGGUAAGAUUUCCCGUGAACUUUUGUUUUUGUUUUUGUUUUUUUUAUUUUUUUGACAGGCAGAGUGGACAGUGAGAGAGAGAGACAGAGAGAAAGGUCUUCCUUUGCUGUUGGUUCACCCUCCAAUGGCUGCCAUGGCCGGCGCACCGCGCUGAUCCGAUGGCAGGAGCCAGGUGCUUCUCCUGGUCUCCCAUGGGGUGCAGGGCCCAAGCACUUGGGCCAUCCUCCCUGCACUCCCUGGCCACAGCAGAGAGCUGGCCUGGAAGAGGGGCAACUGGGACAGAAUCCGGCGCCCCGACCGGGACUAGAACCCAGUGUGCCAGCGCCACAAGGCGGAGGAUUAGCCUAGUGAGCCGCGGCGCCGGCCACCCAUGAACUUUUGAAGACCCCUUGUACGUUCCUGUGUUCCUGCAUUCACUCAGCAAAUAUCUCCUGAGCAUUUAUUAUGAGCUUGGGCAUAUUAGCUAAUCUUCAGUGACAUCAGAUGUCUAGAUUUCACCCAUAUUCUUAUGUAGAAUAAUAGAGAUUUCUAUUAUUGCUUCAAAAAUGCUUACUAUUCCUUUUAAGUUUGUAAAAGAGCAGAGUCAAGAAAUGGCUGAUAAAAAGAAAUCAGGAGAGACAGAGAGGUUGUCCACACCACAGUUGCUUUCAUAAAUGUGUUUGAAAUUAGAGGGUUUUUAAAGACCCAUCCCUGGUAUGGCCCUUCCUGAAUGCUGCUUUUUAUGGGUGGCGAACCUCAGGGAGCUCAGCCGUGUGCAGCCUGUAGCAGACUGCGGACUCGGGCAGCCAGGGCGAGGUCUGGGGAAGCAGGAGGGCUGUGGCUUCCUGUCCUCUCCACCUGACCUCCAGCCUAGCAAAGAUGCCAAGAAUGCCAGUUAAUCAGCUUAUCCCCUGGGAAUUACCCAAUCCUCCCAUUUUGCCAUAGAAACUUAGACCCGCUCCCUGAAGUUGUUUGCCAGAUUGCUUGUUGGUACAAACGUUAGUGAGUUGAGAUCCUGCAGAAAGAAAAGGUUAUCUUUUUUUCCCCCUUUCUUGGUGGCAUUUCAUAAUUUUGAAGCACAGCAAAAGACAUCAGAAUGCCUGUGAGUGAAGAGCUCAGGCUGG